CCAGAAUACUGACAAUAGAAUCGGAUUUGCAGAGGAGGCUGAUUGACUAUAACUGUCCCUGCUUGCAGUUUUAAUGCCUUAGCCACGCACAAGGGAUAAAACCAGGCCCCACAUACCAAGCAUUGUCCGUGCGCAUAAUUGUAUACACAACAAGUCGUACUGAAUUUAUAAACUACAUCAGCAGCCUGUGGUAGAAAAAGGCAACGUUCGUUGUUCGCUGAAAAAAAUCAGAUUGUUUUUUUUUCCGGCACUCAUGUUGUUGUAAACUUUGGGAUUGUUAUGAAAUAACUUGCGCUUGGUAUUCAACGACAGAACUGAAGGGGACCGCACUGCCCUAGAUACAGUGAUUAACCAAGCCACAGACGUUUGCUGACUGCUCUGGAGAUGAGUUACCGUUUGGAUGGGAAGAGGCAUAUGAUCCUGUUUUGGGUGUUUACUACAUAGACCAUCUAAACCAGGGCAACCAGAUAGAAGAUCCUCGCGUGCAAUGGCGGCGAGAGAAAGAGAUGAUGUUGCGUGAGUACCUGACCACCCAGACGGACGAGGAGGACUCGCAGGCCAAGCAGGAGAUCUGCAACGUCAAGCAGCAGCGACUGCAGCUGGCUGAGAAUGAGGUUCAACAUUUGAAUGAUGCGUUGAGUGGCUGGCAAUCCAAAACAAGCCUCAACUCCAACAGCUCGACCGGCAGCACCCGCUAUGACCCAGACCUCUUGAAGGUAGAAGUGGCUAAUGCCAAGGCGCGUGUGGCUCAGAUCCGCAAUGAGCUGCAGCACAUGAAGGCCCAGGUCUACCUGCAGAACCAGGAAUACAGAGGUAAUGAAAAGGCUUGCAGCAGCCCCGAGAUCCGGUUCCAUUCAGAUGAGGGCGGACACUAUUCUGAGAACCCCUCCCAGAUGCCGUCUAUGGUCUACCACCAGCACCGGCUGAACACCACGCUGCAGAGUGACCUACCGGGCCACUUCCAUUACAUGGGCGGGGGGAGGCUUGCCGAGAAGGAGCGAAUCCGGAUGAAAUACGAGGAUGCCCAGAGGAGGUUGUGUCUGUUGCAGAUCCAAAUAGCGGAGCUGGACGACCAGAAUCCUUUGGGACAGAACGAGGCUGACAAAGACAGGCUGCUGCUUAUAUCGGAAAAGGAGGAAUUACUAAGGGAAUUGAGGAGUGCUUACCAGCACAAACGCAGCGCUGAGGAGAGGCGGAAGCUAGAGGCUGAGAAGCAAGCCGUGAUUCAACAAAUCAACGAGGCCAAAGAAGAAGUUACAAGGGUGCUACAUAACAGGAUAAAACUGCAGGAGAGGAAAGACCAGUUGAACCAGCAGUUAGCAGAGGUCACGAGGGAAGCUAUGCAACUGGAGUCACAGCUGAAAAGUGUGUCCGUCAGUACAUUAUCCUCCAGCUCAAGCAGGGGAUCCUUAAGUGCUUCCAGCCGAGGUUCCUUGGCGUCCAGUAAAGGCUCCCUGAACAGCGCCCUCAGCUACCCCGAUAUCUACAUGCCGCCGUCACAGUAUUCUAUGGAUCUCAAUAUGAAAGACAUUAAGCAAAAGGUGGACGCUCUGUUCCACGGGAGCAUGGAGGGCCCUGGAGCCCUGGCCCCAACCUCCCCCCACCACCUCCAGCCCGGCCCAGCCCCCGUUGCCAUCUCAGUUCCCGGUGCCGUGGACACCAACCACAAGUCCAUGACAUCGCUGUCCUCUCGCUCCUCCCUCUCCUCCAUGUCCCCGCCCUCCUCCCCGGGCAACGCCCACCUGAACGGCGGCGACGUCCGAUACGAAGGCCCCCCGCCGGCCUACUUGGACCACCUAAGCAGCGUGCAGCAGCGGCAAAAGCAGAACAUCGCGGGCUACCUGCGCACCCAGGGACUUGAGGAGGAGCACGUUGUGGGCUCGCUGUCCCAGCUUACUCUCAACGGGGGCGACUCGCUGACGCAGGUGCCUCCCUCGGGUCCAGGGGUUGCUCCAGAGGGCGCCCUCAUGGCCGGCGGUGCCGGAGUGGGCGUGGCAAUGGGCGGUAGGGGGCUGUCGCGGCUCAGCAUGGACCCCAAGAUGCCCGUCUCUGAGUACAACAUGGAGAUGCUUGGUAACACGCCGCUGAGUCCCAUCAGUGAAGGCAUUGCAGGUGUCAAUCUGCAGCGCCUUCAGGGCCAAUCCACAGCAGCAGCCAGGAGCGUAUCGGCAGCAGUGUCUGAUGAGUCUGUGGCAGGGGACAGCGGGGUGUACGAAGCAUCCAAUAAAAGAUCAGCGGAGUCGGAUGGUGACCACUUCCUGAGCAGCAUAUCCAGCCUGAAUUGUGGCCAGAUCCUGCUGACUCUCCAGUACCUGUUAAGCGAGGGCGUCCUAGUGGUGGCACUAGAGCAGCUGCGACACAUUCGGGAGAUGCUGCCUGAGGACUGCACCAAGUUCUACAUUAAGGGAGACGUCCUACCCUGCCCGCCCAACGCCAACCUGAGCUUCAAGACAGAUGACAUCGAGGACACAAGUCUCAGGGUACUAGGCCAAACGGUCAGCUUGCCUAUCAUGGAGAACAAGAUUGGCACCAAGACGUUGCAGCUGUUUGUGUGGAGCGUGGGCGCCACGCAGCGGGAGGAGUGCGUGGGAGGGACAAGGAUAAGCCUUGCUGACCUGAACCCUCGGCACGUAGCCAAGUCCCAGUGGCACAACAUCGUCAACUUCAAGAUCCUCCAGAUGGAGACUCAACGCUAUACUGCCUCCAACACACCCUCCGAAACAAGCCACCAGCAGUCUGGGGAGCUAUUUGCAUCCCGAACGCGACGAGCGUCAGUUGGUGACCAGCCCUCCACCGAAAACAACCCCCCACCACCGGCGCCCGACAGCACCGCGAGCACCACAGAUACUAGAUUUCGAUCCUCCUCAUUUGACAACUCGUUCAUCAACCGGCACCGUAACCUGACCACCAUCGCCGUCAGCAUCGGCGACGACCGGUCCGGCCACGCCCACUCCUCCUCCUUCCCCAACUCCGCCCCCCAGCCCCAACCUCAGCCGACCCGCCCCUUGCCCCUGCUAAGUCCCGCCCAGUUCCCGGCGGACCGGGAGGCCCGGUUGGAGAUGCUGAGGAACAGUCUGCGGGGGACGGAGUCCCAGAAUUCCAACCCCCACCACGCGAGGGCGCCCUCGCUCUCCCGGUCCAAGACGUUCAACGCGGGUCAGCCACCACAGAAACAGUACAUAUGCAAACUUAAUCGUAGCGAUAGCGACAGUGCCAUGGCUCUCCAGCGGAGGGCGCCCUUCAUGAGAAACUCACUAGAGAGACGCAGUCUCAGAUGGAAACCGCCAACCAGUCUAUCCAGCAAGAGGUCAUUCCACCAGAGGUCACCCAGUGACCUGGAGGUCAGUCUGCAGGCCUCCAAGGAGCGGCAGGUCCAGAUACGGGAGGAGAUUCAAAGACUGAAGGAGAUCAAGCGAUGCGUGGAGCAGGCCAGCACCAAAGACGAACACAAUGCACAGCUUUCCUCAACAUCCAACAACAGCGACAUUCUGCACCGACUCAUCAAGAGUGCAGAGAAAAGCACGCACAAUCAGCAACGCAACGCCACCGGGUUUACCAACAAUGCAUCCACAAAACAAUCGUCCCACAUGUCUACUCCUGUACAAAGGUCGGCCACAUUCAGCUAAGCAACCAAGAAUCAUUUUAUAAUCCAAAAAGUAAUAAACAAUUCCUCUCGCAUUUUCAACAAUAAGAAUAUUUAUAUAUAAAUAUAUAUAUAUCAAAACCUUUUUAUUUCCAGACCAGAAAACUGGGUUUUGUUUUUUUUGUAGUUCACAGUCGCACAUGUAUCCACAGCUCUCAACGUUUUUCUAUUGUAUAACUUUCAGAAAAUAACGCUUUAGUUCUAAUGAUUUGUAAGGUGUACCUUUUUUCCAGUGUUGAAUAUUCAUACAUGCAAAUUGUAUUUUAACGAAAUGGAAUGACCGAGGGGUUGUUUACUUAAAGACAUGUUUUUAUGCAGUUUUUAAAAUUAAGCUGAUUCACUAAAGAUGUGCCCUCACAAUAUGUCUUUCGUAAAAUCUGGCCGUUAACUGGGUCAGAUCGUAUGCAGCUUUUUUGUCUUGAAGAGUUCAGAAUAAAGGUUCCGUGCUCAA